AUGGCUUUAGAACCAAUUGAUUGCACAACACACUCCAGAGAGAUUGAACAAGAGUACCAGAAAGUUGUUAGAGGUACAGAUGAUGAUACUACAUGGUUAAUCAUUUCCCCAAACGGACAAAAGGAAUACGUACCAUCCUCUACAGGAUCUGAUUUUUCUGAUUUCAUACAAUCCUUUGAUGAUGGUAAAGUUGAAUACGGUAUCGCUAGAGUAUCACCUCCAGGCUCUGAUGUCGGUAAAGUGAUUCUUAUUGGUUGGUGUCCAGAUUCUGCACCAAUGAAACCUAGAGCUUCAUUUGCAUCUAAUUUUGGUACUGUUGCCAAUUCUGUAUUACAAGGUUAUCAUGUACAAGUGACUGCCAGAGAUGAAGAUGACUUGAAUGAAAGUGAUUUGUUAACUAAGAUCAGUAACGCAGCAGGUGCUCGUUACUCUAUUCAAUCAAAUGUAUCAAAUGCUAGCCCUUCUUCUUCAGGUUAUAAUGCUCCAGUGAAGAAGGUAUUCACACCUGCCGUAAAGAAAGUAGAACCACCAAUGAAAAGUGAACCUGUACCCCAUGUGCGCCAAGAAGAGAAGGUACCUGUCAAUACUACUGCUACACCAUCUACUUCCAAUGAUGGUGAUGAUUGGGAUGAACCUGAGAUUAAGGAACGUGAUUUUGAAACCAAUCCAUUAAGUGGAAAUAAAUCAACUUAUCAACCAAUUGGUAAAAUUGAUCUGAAAAAAGUGAUCGCUGAGGAAACAGCUAAAGAAGAUCCACGGUUAGUACAUAAGAUUGAUCCAAAAGCAGAUAUUGCUCAUUUGAAAGAAGAAUCUAAAGAACAUAGAGACCAAGAUCUUGACAAUUUCUUGAAACAAGAGAAAGAUCACGUUCCUUCCUCUACAGCAGCUAUCGGUGGUACUAAACCUCCAUUAGUGAAAUCUGAUUUCAGCAGAAACGAUAACAGUGAUAAAGUAAUCCAAGGUUUCAAGACUGAAAAAUCUCCAGCACAACUAUGGGCCGAAAAGAAAAUGAAACAAACUCAACAAAAUAACGAUUCAAAUGUAUCUGCAUCUAUUACACCUGAGUCAAAUGAACCAGAAAGUGGAGUCGACCACAGCGAUGAAAUGAAUAUUGGUGAUUUGAAGUCUAGAUUUGAAAACCUAGGCACUGAAAACGAAAAGAAUACUGAUUCUGUUCCACCAGUAGGUAAAACAGCAAUUAUUGCACCAAAAACAUUUGGACAACCUGCUGCCAAUUCCGAAGCGCCUGCUAAGGAAGAAAAGAAACCAUUUAUACCUGGUAAUGUCGGUCAACGUUUACCAGGAAUGCAUGCUGAGGUUUCAGAACAUGAGGAGGAGGAUAAUGAUGAUUGGGAUGAAGAUGAAGAUGAAGAGGAAACACCAAGGAGAAAUCUUCCACCUCCUGUAAUGGAAACUAGAGAAGCUGGAUUGCAAGCACCUCUUCCUCCAAGAAGAACCGAACCAGAGCCAGAACAAGAACAAGAGCCUGAACCAGUAGAAGAACAAGAAGAACAAAAUGAGGCCUCAACUCCUUCCCUUCCUUCUAGAAAUAUUGUUCCUGAACCACAACCUGUUGAGGAAGCAGAAGAACAAGAAGAGAUUGAAGAGCCAUCACCAGCUUUACCAUCUAGAGGCGGUGUUCCUCCACCUCCACCUCAAAGAGCAAUUCAGGAAACAGAACCUGAAGUUGCUAAUGAGGCUCCUUGGGCCACAGCUGAAUAUGACUAUGAGGCUGGCGAAGACAACGAAUUAACUUUUGCUGAGAAUGAUAAGAUUAUUAACAUUGAAUUUGUGGAUGACGAUUGGUGGUUAGGUGAAUUAGAAAGUACAGGACAAAAGGGUUUGUUCCCAAGUAAUUAUGUGACACUAGGUAAUUAA